AUGGCGUUUAGGCGUAGUCUUUGCAAUAGAGUAACCAUAAUGGCUAGACGAUAUCAACCAUCGUUUGCUUACGUUCUCCAUGAAGAUGACCGUAAAAAUCAACCUUCGAAUGAGUUCCAAUCUCAUAAAAAACCUGCUUUUCUUCCUAGCCCCGGCAUGUCCUUUUAUCGGCAUAUGUCGACUACGGGUAUUGAUAAGCCAGAUAAGUUUGAGCUCAUCGGUGAUGUUGUGGAUGUUCUUAAGGAUACUGCUGUUGAAGCAGUGGCUUCGCAAGCUCCUGCCGUGAAUGAGGUUGCCGUUGCUGGUGCUGACUGUUGGUUACCUGUUGCUAGCUUGCAGUAUGUUAUUGAUGCUGUUCAUUCUUUUACCGGCUUGAACUGGUGGGCCUCGAUAGCAGUGACAACACUUUUGAUUCGAGGAGCAACUCUUCCGCUUCUGAUAAAUGAACUUAAAGCUACUACGAAAAUGACUGUGUGUAAUUUUACUUGUUUUUGUUUCAUUUUUCUGCCCUCACUCUCCUUUUUCUCUGGUGUGCUCUUUCGUCUGUAUCCAUUGUCAAUUUUAUGUGUAGCACUCAUGUCUAUAUGCAAGACACUGUUUUUAUGUUUCCUUGUAAUUUUUGAAGAAUUAAGCAUAUCCUUUGUUUAUGCUAAUAUGUAUCCACAAUUCAAUAAUCUCACUGACAUUUUUGAUAACCGUAGGGGCAAGUGUACUUUUUUUCUCGAUGAUAUUAAAAUAUGGAACAAUGUUACAGUAUACAUUUUUCUAUUUUUUAAUCGGAUUUACUUAAUAUGUCUGCAGUGUAACAUGCAAGAUGGUAUGGAAGGGAAACCUGCUUCUGCAACUAAGAAAAUUGUGUCUAGUGUCCUUGCUAUUUUGACAGUUCCAUUUACCAUGAAUUUCCCAAAGGCCAUAUUUUGUUAUUGGAUUACAUCAAAUUUGUUUUCCAUCUCUUAUGGACUAGUGCUUAAGGGUCCCGGGGUGAAGAAGGCUUUAGGCAUUCCUAAAAUACCUGAUCAACCAGCGGCUACUGCACGACGAACUUCUAUCAAUCCGUAUUCAGUUCUCAAAAAAACUCUCCAACAAGCAAGAACAGCAGCAGAAGAAGAAUCUGCCUCAGUAUCUGCUGCACCAACAAAAUUAUCGAACCGAAGCACACCUUCUUCUUCGGCUAUCAAUCAACGGAUUAAACCUUUAGAGAAACAAGUAAAGGGAAAGAAGAAUAACAAGAAGAGGUGACCCGGAAGUCGAAAAUCACUCGUUAUAAAUCUUGUUAGGCUCCAUUGUUUGGGGUCAUCGGACAUGAAGUACACAUUGUUUAAUGAAUACAUUGAAUAAGUGCUGAAAUUGAGGUACAGAUAGUGUAAUAAAUACAUGGAUGGCCAUUGAAUGCAGGUGGAUAUACAACCAAUACUUAAAAGGUCA